AUGCCGAAGGACGCUCUGGACAGACGGAUAGUUCCAGAGCAGUUGUUAGCAACGCUGGCGCGCCAACAAGCCCGCGUUGAGGUCUGGUUAUUCGAAAACACCAGAUACUCUCUGGAAGGCACCUUGCGCGGCUUCGACGAACACACCAAUCUAGUUCUGGUCGACACCGUGGAGCAGUGGGGAAGUACUGCAAAGCAUAAGCGGCGGACGGUUGCUCUAGGGACGAUCCUCCUCAAAGGCGAAAACGUCGUCCUCGUUCGGUCGCUGGGGAUGCCAACCCAGCGAAAAGAGGUCAGGCUCGGCGACGGCAGUAUGGCUUGCACGGGCCUCGAGAUGGCGCUCGCGAAAAUGAAGAAAUGCGCGGAGGCGGUUGUCACCAUCCAUAGCAAGCAGUACGCUGAUCCAGCAACGCCAGAGAGCGAGUUGCCGAAAAGCUAUCACGUGAAGCUUUGCGGUUUCACGAACGGCAAGCACGGCUAUGAAAUGUCGCCACAGGAGAAAAUUGAGGCCACCAGACGCCACAAGGAAAUCGGUAACAAACUUUAG